AUGGCUUCCCCUAGCGUUCUCACCUUUGACGCUGAGGGUCGGGCAGUGGACUUUGAGGUCUGGGUAGAUGAUCUGCAGCUUUUCCUGCAGUGCGAUAGGGCAGACGGCCUCUCCCUGUUUGACCUCACUUCUGGUGCCUCCCCUGCCCCUGCUGCUGAUGCUGACGCCACUGUUCGCUCACAGUGGGCCACACGUGACGCUGCUGCUCGCCUUGCUGUGCGCCGCCACUUACCGACCACUGAGCGUGCACACUUUAGCCAGUACAAGAGUGCUCAGACCUUGUACGACGCUGUAGUUGCACGCUACUCUUCCCCUGCCACUGUUGCAUUGAGCCGCCUCAUGCUACCGUACCUCUUCCCUGACCUUGCUGCCUUUCCCACUGUCGCUGACCUCAUUACGCACCUCCGCACUAGUGACACUCGCUACCGCGCUGCGCUUCCUGCUGAAUUCUACGCCAAGAACCCCCCCCCCAUGUACAUCACCCUCUACUACAUAGUCACCCGUCUCCCUGACUCUCUCCGUGUAGUCAGGGACCACUUCCUCUCUGUUUGCCCCACCACUCUCACCGUUGACCUCCUCGAGAAGGCCCUCCUAGCGAGAGAGAAGAGCAUAGUCGCUAUAGGAGCCUCUCGUGGUGCUGGUGCGUCAGGGGGAGCUGCUUAG